AUGGAGAAACUGGCAAAUCUCAGCUCAACUCAGGUUUCAAUUUUUUCGUCCACUUUGCAAGUAAUCACACCGAAAUUGACCAAAAACAACUACAAGGACAACUAUAGGUUCUGGCGAUCUCAAGUUCUCUCAGCCGUUGGAGCUCAUGAACUAGAAGACCAUCUAACAGGUUCAAUUCCAUGUCCUGAUCUUAUAAUUGUCUCUGAUAAUGAUAGCUCAAGUCAAUCAAGUGAAACCCUAACUAAGGAAAAAAUCAAUCCAGCUUAUGUAGCAUGGAAGAAGACUAAUAAAUUUCUUGUUACUUGGCUUCUUGCGUCAAUCUCUGAGUCAAGAGCACUUCACCUAAGGAAUUUACUUCAAACUACUCAGAAAGGAAGUAUGAAUGUUAGUGAGUUUGUCAAGAAAAUGAAGAGUUUUGCUGAGAAUCUGUCGGGAAGUGGUCAAGUGAUAAGUGAUGAAGAUCUACUUCAAUAUGUGUUAGAUGGCCUUGGGCCAGAGUUUGAUGCUGUCGUAGUCAAUCUAACAUCUCGAAUUGAGUCUAAAUUUGACUCAGUGUCUCUGCAAGAAGCUCAAUUUCUGCUCCAGAAAUAUGAGAUGAGACUAGAGUAA